UCAGUAUUGAACGGACCGCGAAACGGGUAGGACAUCGGGACUGGAACCGCCGUUGUACGUUUUGUUAUCAUCUGUCCUCCUAGCUCGAAGGAAAAGGACACAUUGUUUUAUUUCCAGUAGCACUUCGUGUACCUCUUCACCUACUGGAAUUACCAUAAAGCGAUAAGAUUGUGUUUAAUGGGUCGAGGUGUCUAAACUCGCGACGGUCGUAAUUCGGAGAAAACAUUUGGAUUCAAUUGAUACCUGAUAAGGUUGAAGAUCUACGAAGAAUAGUUACCAAUACCUUCCUCGGUACAUCACCACAAAACUAAACAGAGACGGGGUCAGGGAGCUUCGAAACCACCGCGGAUGAAAGUGCCACCUAUCGGUAUCAAUUGACAUGGAUUAGGCUAGUUCAAACAGCGUGAUUAUCCGGUAUAGUGCGCAUUGGGAAAAUGGUUCACUACAAUAUCACCUUUGGAAUCAAUUAGAAAUGUUUAUUGUAGACAUGAAGCGAGUGUCUAAAUUGCAGUUUUGGAUUACAUUGACAAAGCGAAGAUCUAUCGAGUAGUGCGCUGGUUGAGGCCACGAACGGAGCGGAAGAUGCGUCUAGUGCAAUCGGUAUCUAAAAGUGUUAUCGAAACAACGUGAUCUGAAGUAAUGAUUAGUGUUAAAGAAGUUAGAAUUUUCCAAUUGAUAGUAUUGAUAGUGCUGGUGCUACUGGACGUGGCGGCGGUUGAUCGGCAAGUGACGGAGACGGCGAUUAAUUUGGUGGCAUCAGCACAAUACGAAACGGAACUGCAGACAACAACUACGACGGAGUACUUUGUUACUGAAAGUUCAACACGUGAUUCGACAACGAGUGAUGAGAUCACAGCUACAACUUUUGAAGAAAUCACAACCGCGCUUAAUGAUCAAUUAACUACUGUGCCAAUCUCGACAGAAACAGAUUUAUCCAACGACAUAGAUGACUUCAUCCCUAAGUCAUGCUUGGCGCUCAAAAUAAACGACGCCGAUCGUACAGAUGAUAAUCACAAAGAACUUCCGAAGCCCAAAUCAUUAAGGUUCAGGGUUGAAACUGAUCCUACAGAUUCUAGUCAAAGCCAGGACGUACUCAACGUGACCAUCACCUAUCAUCCCUAUCCAUCAGUAUUAGAAGCACGAGUUUGUGUCGAAUUCCUGGAAGGUUUCAAUCAGCAUGUGAAGAACGUGAUCAUUCGAGGGGAAAAUUUCUACGGUAUUGUGAAACCUGGUGGUGAUCAUUUGGAGGUAAGCGUUGAUCAUUGCGGUCGAUAUACUUACAACCUAACGGUUGAAUAUCGAAGUGGCGAGUCGGUAACGAAGCAGCUGUUCGUCGAUGAGUUUGUCGGAAGUUAUCCGAAAAUUGUUGCAAAAGAAGGUUAUGUAGUUGUUGAAAGGAGGAGCUGGAAUGUAACGAAGUGCAUCGAAUCAUUUUCGAUUGAAGAGGAGUUUAUCAACGGUAGCUUGGAGAGGCAUGAUUAUGCCGUUUCAGGACGGGAAGCAGAUGAAGUGAUUUCCAUCCGCCUCACCGCAAACGAUACGUGUUCCUUGGUUUCUGUUAAAGUAUCCACAAUACUGACCAGUGGCUCACAAUGGAUGACGACUUUACCGUUCCGCGAACCAGUUCGGAACCUUCGCACCCAACAAAUCACCUCAAGCUCCGUUCAGAUAGUUUGGGAUGAUCCAGAAGCUGAUUCCAGCUGCGUGGCACAAUACAAAUUGUUUGUCGAGGAUGAUUCAUCACUCGUUUGGAACACGACGUAUUCAAACUUGGAGAUUAAUGGUUUGGAAUCAUGCAAGAACUACACGUUCGUAGUAGUGCCUGUUGAUCGAUACGGUUCGGAACACAAGUCUGCCAAAAUUUCGUUUUCUUUGCCUGAACACCAUAUUCCACAAGUUCGACAUGUGAAGUGGACAGGAAGCGAAUUUCGUUGGGAGCUACCUGUCACGAACUUGAACUGCCUAAAUCAUUUUAUCGUGGUUCAAAAAGCCAUCAAUGACGAUCGUGUAAUCGCCAAUACCACCGUUCAGGCAAAGAUAUCGAGGCUCCGUAAAUCCGAAUCAGCUGUCUUUCAGCUUCGUAAGCCCGCUGUACCAUGUCCAUUAUCCGGACCACUUCAGUUGAGCAUAACACCUGUAUCGGAUAGUGGACAAUUGGGCGCUUCCAAUGAGGUGAUAAUUCCGCAUCCAAAGCCUGGACCGGUACAACAGCUUAUUGCCGACACGAGCGUCGACCGCCAAAUAACUUUGGUCUGGAGGAAGCCUGCUGUUCUUCCGGAAUGUGUUAGCAUGUAUCGCAUUUUCUACGACGAGCGGAAUAUAACGACCGUAGAAACUACCAUCACAAUAGAUAACUUGGAUGCUUGCGUGGAGUACAACUUCACAGUAGCUCCGGUGGAUUUUGCCGGCGAGGACUGCGAAGGAGUAACGAUCAACGCUACAGUGAAGGAGGAAAAGUUGAGUGAGGUCGAAGACUUGGAGCUGACCGAGAUUGAUCCUCGAUCGUUGGUGGCCAGAUGGAAACCUCCGGUGAAUGGAACGUUCUGCGUAGCGUCCUACCGGUACGUGGCCUGGGUGACCGGGGAAGAUGAUGUCCCGGAGCAGAUUUCGAACUCCACCACGGAUCUACAUGUCACCUUUGUGGAGGUGUUUGCGUGUACCAAGUACAACGUGCAGGUUAUCCCGGUGUCCAAGAAGAACAACGACGGAAAUAAUGUGAUUGCGGAGAUAUUGACGAAGGAGAGAGUUAUUCUAAGGUACCACAUCGAACCAGUGCGGAUGAAAAACCAGUUGGCCAGAAGUCUUGAACUACAAAGUGCGUUGACCAGUGAUAACAACAAUCGAUGUGAAUUGUUUUCGGUGCGAUUCACCUGUAAUAUCUACAAUGAAUCGGAAAACGAGGAACCCACAGUGAUAACAGGUGAGGCACCUAUUGAGGACCCCAAGGCAGCAUUCUCAGCCGUCGUUACUCCUUUGGUACCGUACCACGAGUACAACUGUUCUGCAGCAAUCCUCAACAAGGCCGGUUGGUCUGAUGAAACAUCGGCCGUUACAUUCAUAACUGGGGAAGAUUUUCCAGAACAUCCGCGAAAUCUUCAGCUGGUGGGUAGUGAUCGUAUGAUCGAGCUGCGGUGGACAGCGCCACUGGUGAAGAAUGGAAUCAUUACGCGCUAUCGGGUUCACAUAAGGUCGGAAGGUGCACGAUACCCCACUCCUAGCUAUUGUCCCGAACCCGAAGCUUACACCUCCACGUUUGAUCUACAUGAAGAGGACGAUAACACCCGUGUGUCAAACUGGAAUAACGACGAAUUGGAACACAAGAUUUAUCUGUUGAUGCCUUACACGGACUAUGUUGUCCAGGUAGCUGCCGCAACGAAGGCCGGUUUGGGGCCGUAUACCGAAAUGGUGUCUGUGUCAACACUUCCAGAGAAAUCUGAGCCGGUAUUCGAGUUUCUAGUGUACAAUGUCACACUUCCGGAGAUCGAUAAACCGUACAACUCGACCGUGAGCCUUACGUGGAGAAUUCCGUGUAACCUAAACGGAAGACUCCGAAGCUUUACGGGUCGAUUCGUGGGUUUCCGCAGUGGUUUGGAACACACUCUGGAUUGGAGCAGAACUCUAGAAUCAGGUGAAGACAUUCUGGAGAACUAUAGGCUUACCGAAGCUCGUCUUGAACCGGAGUUCGUGUACAACGUCUCGAUUAUGAUCUCCGUGGAUGACGUUGCCGAUCAAAGUGAUGCGACCUUUUUGAACUUCCAAUCCCCGGCGGGAAUUCCGGUCAUCGAUGAGGAGAUCAACUGGGGAACAGUAAACGUAAUGAACGCUCCCAAUCCAACAAAAUCAGCUAUGAUCAGUCUGGCAGAUAUAGUUUUCGAGUGGAAUGUGGGAAGUAUUCAGUACGUAGCGCUUUUGGUUUCUGAACGUCAGUGUCAAGAAGAUCCGAUGCCUCAGAGGAACCUUUCUAACGAAUGGCCUGACGUACUCUCGUGGAAAACCGCAAUCGAAGCAUCAUGCACUCCACAAUAUCAGACAACUCCGAAGCAAUGGAAUCCAAUGGAAGGACGGAAGCUACGAGGCCGAUCAAAUGAGGAGAUUCUGUACGUGAUUGGAAGCGAGGAAUGUGAAAACGAACAAGAUUUCUGCAAUGGUCCUUUGAAACCGGGUACAGAAUAUGCCUUAGUGGUGCGAGUUUUCACCAACAGCGGAUACAGCGAUUCGACGAUGCAAAUCUUCCGAACGGAUUCCCUAAUUCAACUGACCAUAAUUGUCGUCUCGAUUUUCGUCUGUCUACUCCUAGCCUUCUCCCUUGGUUUGGUGAUCCUCUGGCGAACUCAUAAGCUAACGAUCCCGCCGCAAACUGCUGUCCGUUCUCCCAAUGAAGAACCGGCUGACAUACCGUUGAAAAGCUUUUCCGGAAUCUACGAAGAGCUGAUUCAAUCGAACCGGGAAAAGAUCAACAAGGAAUACCAAGCGAUCAACUUCUACUCCGAACAGUUGAUCAACGAGAAGGUAACUUUCUUCGUCGCCAAGGAAAACGAGAAGAAGAACCGCUACCUCGGAAUCUUCCCGUACGAUGGCAACCGUGUUCCGUUAGACUUCGAUGACAUCGUUGCCGACGAGGACGAGGAAGUCAACGACUACAUCAACGCGUCGUUCAUCGACGGGUACAAGUACCAUCGCGAGUACAUUGCAACGCAGGGUCCGAAGAAGGAAACUUGCUUCGACUUCUGGCGGAUGAUUUUACAGUACGAGGUGGAAACGAUUGUGAUGCUGACGCAGACGGUCGAGAACGAUCGGAUCAAGUGCUAUCAGUACUUUCCGCGGUUCAAUCAGACGCUACGCUUCCGGGACGUGGCGGUCAAGUGCACCCAGGAGAUCAAUAUGAGCUUCUACCAGAAGCGUUUGUUUUUGGUGUCCAGGGAUAACCUGACCAGACCGGUGUUUCAUUACCAUUUCCUAGCUUGGCCAGACCAUGGCUGUCCGGACAGUGCGUCCGAUCUGAUCAGAUUCAUCAAAAUAAUUCGCUCGGAGCGGAAGAACCUUGCACUUCCCGUCGUCGUUCAUUGCAGUGCCGGUGUUGGCCGAACGGGAACGCUGAUCGCUCUGGACAUAAUUCUACAGCGAAUCCAGCAGGAGAAGAAGAUCAAUAUUUACGAGACGGUCAAGCAGCUGCGUAGCCAACGGGUGAAGAUGGUUCAAACCAGUGAGCAGUACGCUUUUCUGUACCACGCUUGCCUGGAACACACGACCCGGAACAAUAGGAAAAAGCCAAAGACGAGCGAUGAAGGUAGUGGCUCAUCGACACGAAGCAAUCUGAAUACCCCCAGCAAUGGGUCGCCCAAAAGUGGACGGCGGAACAUGAUCAACAUCAAAUUUCCCAAGUACGUGCACAGUGGAAUUUCCAAUGUCAAAAGCUACGCGCCGGAUGAUGUCGAGGCCAAAACUUGAUGUAAGUAACUGGUUUGGAUUCAAAGGUUCCUCAUGAGAGGUGAUCAAAAUAAGCUACAUAAACGUUGCUUUCUGCACGAACAAUGAAUGGAAUGAAGUACUAGUCAUUUGAGAUAAAACUAACGUGAAACAAUCAUUUUGUGAAU